AUGGCGAGGACGAAAACCGUGCGCGUGGCGACGGUGUGCAUGCUUCUGCUGCUGCUCGUCUCGACGGCGACGGCGACGGCGACGGAGCGCCCCCAGCGCCGGGACCUGGCGGAAGAGGGCACGAGCCCGGCGGCGGCGACCCCGAGUGCCGACGGCGCCCCGGCCGACAAGGAACCCCCGGAAGGCCACCUCGGCUUCCGCGUCGUCACGGGCCUCAUCGAGAAGGCUACCGGCAAGAGCGCCCGUCUGGACCUGGAACAGGAGGAGAAAGUUCAUUAGCCAUUUUCGGUCCGUUUUGUUGUCGACAAGGAGCAGGCGGUGGAUUGCAGGCAUUCAGCCGUCAACAAGAAGAUCGUAAUGCACUUCAGCCAAAUGAUAAAGAUCUAGGCUGUCGCCAAAUAAAUAAAUAAAUCCUCUUAAAUAGUCUCUCUGGUGUAAGCGCCCCUUCAAAGGAUCUGUUGUUUCCCUGUUGUUCACAAUAUUUCCAAAGAGAGUGGUUUUCUCCAUUUCCUACCUGUUUAGAGCAGUUAGAGAAAACACUUUAGCUAUAUGUAAGUCACCCCAUUUGUAAAUUUGAGUAAGUCAGUUUCUUGACCGUUGAUUUUCAUUUUUGUCAA